AGCUCGAAUAGCAUGGUCGAGCUCGAGCCGGGCUCGAUACUCGAGCCAGGCUCGAGUUUUAGUUACUCAAAAAUAUUUGAGUGCUCGAAAAAUUCAAGUGCUCAAAAUUAUUUUAGGUUUAAUACUGCACGUGUCGGAUGGAAUUUGGUUCAAGUUCGGAUUGAUUCUGCUCAGCUCUGCUAGAAAAACGAAAAGCUUGAAAUACUCGAUCGAGCUUUUUGCACAACUCUAAUAUAUAUCAUAUCAAUUAUACCUUAUUAGUAAUUUGCGUUUUUCAUAUUCAAAUUUCGCGCGUUACCGACGGUGUGUUGAAUUUAAGAAGCUUCACUUAGCCACCGCACAUACAGGUUAAUGAGAGUGCACGGUGGGGUGAGCGCGUAGUGGGGGAACCGCUUGGCGGGGAGAGAGCCCUACGAGGGUGACUAACACGCAGUAGAGAGCUCAUUCCAGAUCGCGGAGAGGCAUGGAGCGGUCUAAGAUGGAGAGCUGCCGGUGCUACCACUGCCUCGUGAGGAUGGUAUCUGAGUACAAUUUGCAGCAUGAAGGUAACGAGGUGCCAUUCCCCGCAACUCCUCCAGGGUCGACCCAGUCACAGUGGCACCAGGUGGUGAAUCCGCUACCACCUUCGGUGGACAUCAGGUCGCCGACAUCGGAGGUGUCACCGCUGCACGCCAUGUACCCUAUGUGGCGGCCAUAUUCACCACCCUGGGCGUUGGUGGAACGACCGCCGACACCACCUCAACCCAGGAUGGAACCGGAGUCUCCCCCACCCUUCAUUCAGUUGGGGACCCCACCCAGGUCGCCUACACCGGUGGAAUGGCUGCCUACAACCCCGCCAGGAAGUCCGCCACGGUGUAGGUCGCCGAUACCCAGGGCGCAGUCUCCCGAGCCCAGGGUGGAGGAGAGAGAGCCGGCGGGACCUCCACCAGAGGCGCAGCCGCCGCCUGCUCACGGUCGGCGUCGCUGCCAUCGACGGCGGCGCGUAAUUUUAAAUUUAACUUUAAAUUUUAUUUUUAAAAAUUAAUAAAUUUUUAUUUUUUUAUAAAUUAGUAUAUUUAUUUUGCGUAUCCUGUAUAGAAAUUAGACUGCGUUAGAGUAAGAGUAUUGCGCAUGCGUGAAUAGGUGGGGGAAAAUUUAAGAGUGGGUAUGCGUGAUAGGUUGUAGUGAGGGUAAAUGGUCUAGUGCGCAUGCGUGAAGGUAGGAGUGGGGAUUUCGGGGUAUAUAUUCAGGGAUUUUGGCGAGUUUAGUCAGUAGCUGUUCUGUUCACAGAUUCAGCGGUUCCAACAGCAGCAGCAACAGCAGAUUCCCCUUGCCAUCACUAAUUGUCUUUUUUGUUAUAUUUACUGUCUUUUUUGUUACAUUUACUUUGUAUUGGUUUGUAGGUUAAGUUCUUUAGUUUGUAAGUUCGUUUUGUUUAGUAUAAGUUUGUUAGUUUGUAAGUGUGUUCUUUUUUAGUUUGUAAGUGUGUUCUUUUGUUAGCUUGUAAGUGUGUUCUUUAUUCUUUUUGUUAGCUUGUAAGUGUUUAAUUUCAGGUGCAGAGAUGAAGCGUAAGGCGAAGACCACCGAUGGACCACGUAAGCAUCCAAAUUACGGUACAAUCCUUAAUGAGAGUGACGUAACUGUUACUCUCAUCAAGGAGGCUCUAGAGUUGAUUCCUCUUUUAGACGACGUCAAUUUGAGACGUUCAUUCGUUGAGAGAUGGGUUGUAGAAUGCUCACAACAUGAAAACGUGUUAUCGAGCAUUCUUAAAUCGAUGUACUUCACACAUCAAAAGAAAAGAUGUGUGAGCAUUCUACAAUCCAUCAUAAGGUUUCGCGCAUUAUUUGAGUCCCAUAUUGUAGAUGGCGCUGGAAUUAGUGACCCAGAUAUCAAUAAACGUGUGCGCUGGGAAGAAUGUGAGAGUGCGUUUGCGUGUAGACUGUACACUAAUGUGAUUGUAAAUCUUGUACACAUUGAUAUAAGCGCCUUUUUAGACGAUGGGUCCACACUGUUUCAAGACCAUAUUAGAGGUGCUUUAAAUAAGAAUGGACCCAUCGUCGUGUACGGCGUACUCAUCGCAAACUUCAAGAGGGUGGAGAAUGGCGAAGAAGUUGUAAAGCCGAUUCCUUUUGGAACCAAGGCCAACAACAUCUUCUCUACAACCCUUUUAGAUGAUUGGUUCGAGCAGUACAUUAAGCAGCCGAUUCUACAUAGUGUUGAAGAGUUUUACUCGAAAGGUUCGAAUUGGAACCUUCAAUCGAUUAUAAGGCUUGAAAUCAAUGUAAAUAAAUAUAAUCCAAUGCGUGCAAGCUCUUACAUCGGUUUACCUCCACAAAUAAAAAACAAGCAUGCAUGCAUUAAUGUUGAAAAUAAAGAUAAUCAAUGUUUCAAGUGGGCAGUAUUGUCAGCCCUACAUCCAAAUGUAUCACAUCCUGAGCGCGUUACCAGUUAUAAAGAAUUUAAAGAUGAAUUGAACUUUGAUGGAAUUGAAUUUCCAGUGACGCUUAAAAAUAUCCCGAAAUUUGAAAAGCUUAAUGGUGUCUCGAUUAAUGUCUACGGUCUAUCAAAGAGCUAUGGUAACUUUACGGUACACCCUCUCCAUCUUACUGCGGAAAAAAGAGAUAAGCAUGUACAUCUCUUAUAUGUUGCCGACAUGUAUGCGGAUGAAAAUAAUGAUGAUAAUACUGUAUUGUAUGACAACGAUGAUUUUAUGAACUUCCAUUAUGUGUGGAUUAAAGAUUUGUCACGCCUAGUGUCUAAACAAUUAUCGAAGAAGGCACAUCGAAAACAUAUCUAUGACCGUUGUUUACACUACUUUUCAGGUGUUGAAAGAUUGAACGCACACAUUGAAAAUUGUAAAAAAAUGAAUGAGUGUAAAAUUAAAUUACCGACGCCUGACAAGAGUCUGAUCACAUUUAAAAAUUUUAAGAAUAAAGAAAAGGUGCCAUAUGUAAUUUACGCCGACUGUGAAAGUCUACUUCUUCCAGCGGAUGAAGAUGUAGACAAUUUAAGUAAGACUGAAGUCUUCCAGCGUCACAAAUUGUUAAGCAUCGGAUAUUAUAUCAAAUGUAGCUACGACGAAUCAUUAUGUAAAUAUGUGCCGUGUUCGAAAAAUGAAUCUGACCCUGCGAAAUGGUUUGCUGAGGAGUUAAAGCAGAUUGCAGAGAAAAUGAAUAAGGUUUUUAAAAAUCCGUUACCGAUGACUGCUUUAACUCCUCAAGAAAUCAAUGAUUUUAAGCAAGCGACAAUGUCACAUUUGUCAUGAGAAAAUACAGGCAAGCGAGAAGAAAGUCCGCGAUCACUGUCACCUUACUGGCAAAUAUAGGGGUGCUGCCCAUGAAUCAUGCAAUUUAAACUAUCAAGAUUGUCAAACGAUCCCCGUAGUCUUCCACAAUUUAAGCGGUUACGACGCCCAUUUUAUAAUUCACGCGAUUUCUACGAGCUUUGAAGGAAAAAUUGACCUUCUCCCCAU